AUGGAUAAUGAACUACAAAGCGAAUCACCAUUAAGCGAUGAUUGGGUUCAAGAAAACAAUAAGAUAUCGAAUGUAUGGAAUGAUAAUGCGACUGGAUCGAAUGAUGCUCUUUCGUCCUCAUUUACAUCAUCGACUUGUCUUAGUGAGGUUCAAGCAGAAAAAUAUGGUCGCACCUGGCUUAAAUUUCUAUUCCAGAGCUAUCUUGGCGUACAAAAUAAAGCGGGCAUUGCUCUCGAUUGCAUUCCUAUAUAUAAUGGCCCAGAUUCGGAUUUACUUCAACAAGAAUGUAUGAAACUAGCUGCCCGUGUUCCUUCAAAAUUCUCACCUGGUGAUAUAGAAGCUAUAAUCUCGGUUUUUUGUGACAGAGAAGAAUGUAAUUUUGAUCCGAAUUGGAUCUAUAUUUUGGAGAUGUUGAUUUCUCUGCCUUGUAGCUUAUAUCAAAUUUACAAUAUGUUUCAUGCAAUCAAUACCAAAUUUAUUCCCAGGCUAAUUUACAGGAAAAUGUAUCUUGAUAAAAAUGCUGUUUGCUUUCAAUUAAUGUAUUUGAUUUUGCAAUACCAUGAACCGAAUUUAUGUGCUUUCCUAUAUUCGCGUAAAAUUAAUACUUUCGAUUUUUCCUAUUCACAUUUUUCUACACUGUUUGCUAAAACUGUUAAGAAAGAAAUUCUAUAUAUGAUUUGGGAUAAAUAUUUUGAAAAGGGUGAUCCAUUUUUGCUAUUCACUAUGGUAAUGGUAUUUGUUAUCAAUCCAGCUAGAGAACUUAUGAAACUUGAAGACAGAAGAGAAAUAUUGAGUAUGAUUGAUUUUUCAUCGAAAAGAUUCGCGCCAUUGGAUGUUGACGAUUUUUUUAUUAUUUCUGUUUAUUUUUUGAAUCAGACACCAUCUUCGAUUAAGCAUGACUUUCAACACGAACUUUUCGGAUCUCGUAGUGAUCGCGAAACAUUUUUGGAACUGAAACAGUUGCUUGCUUUACCAAUUGAUGCACGUGAUCUUAUUCGAUCCGGUUUUGAUGAAAACGCAAAUAAAUCCGACCCAAUCAAUUUUUUUAUUAUUGAUGCUCGUCCUCAUAAUCAGUACACUGCAGGGCAUAUCGAAGGGUCAUAUAAUUUGGAUUCUACUUUGUUCGUUGACGCUCCUGAAAAAUACAAUAUAGCCGUUUCGAGUUUAGAUGCCUAUCGUCAUUCUUCACACCCAGACCAUCACCUUCUUUUCAUGGGAUCAGGUCGAGAAGAAGUUGAUUCUUAUCUUCAUAUGAUAAUUGCAAAUUUUUUACAUCAAGGUCGAAAACACAUUUCCAUUGUUGACGGAGGAUAUAGAGCCGUACACAACCAGUUGGCUGCAAAUUUAAAUCGUUUAGAGGGGCAUCAAACAACGUUAUGUAUAGAAUGUGACAAGCCAUCUAAUCUUAUAGAAAGAUCAUCGAGUCGUAAAUUACCAAACUUUAAAUUGGGUAGUAUAUUUGGUGCAGUAAGAGCUAAAGGACCAUCACUGACUAAAAAAAUACGUUCUAUGUCUAUUGGAUCUCCGAAUAAUUCCGAUAUUUCUAUUCUUCAUGUGAACGCUAAAGAAAGACACGGUCGAAGAUAUCGAAAUGAACGCUCAGUGUUUACUCUUAGCGAUUCUGAUUCUGAUUAUGAAAAUAGUAUAAAUAUUAAAGCUGCAUCGGAGGAACCUAAAUUAAAAUUGGAUGAAAUAUUGGCCGAAACUUAUGUAGAGGAUCAUUUUGCGGGAAUGGAGGUUUGGUCUGAUGGAUCAACAUCUUAUACUGUUAAAUGCUACCUAGUUUUAACUGGUACCCAUAUCCUUGUGUAUCAUCAGAGUAACAGCGUAAGCGAUAUUCUUCUUUAUUUUAUUUUAUUACCUUGUUUAUGUUUUCCUGACGAAGUUAUUUCUCGUGGAAGGCAUGCAUAUGAAUCAGUUUUACGACUUGCUAGCAAGAAAAAAAUUCCAGAAAUGUUAACAUUCAAAUUUGGCUAUUGCAUAAGCAAGGAUGAUUAUAAGGUAACCAUAGUUCGACGAUUUAUCAUACCACGAGCUGGUGAUUGUGCGAAGGCUGUUAAAUCUAACAUAAUCAGAUUUUGGCCUGAUAUGCUAGGUUAA